UGACUGACAAGUGAAAUCUAUUUGUCUUACUGACAUGGCUAAAAAGACACAAAACGUAUCGAACUGGUGAGUUUGUAUACGCUGCUUGACAGUGCUCAUCAUGGACCUGUACAAAACAACGUUCUUGCUAGGCACCCUUUUAUCUGCAGUCAGUGCGGUUGUCCUGGACGAAUAUGCAAAAACAGAGGGCGCCUGGAUUCUCUCUUUGGUGAAGAGGGAGUACUCAGUAGGCACAGUCCUAGAAUGUGCUAUCAAGUGUAACAUUGAAACAGCUUUCACUUGCAGGUCCUUCAUGUACAUUGAAAAGGAUCAAGAAUGUUUGACAAUACCAGCAAAUGGCAAAAUAGAGUCUAUUCUGAGAAGAACCAGCACUUCUCUAUAUGAAAAGAAAGAGUACUUGAUGGAGUGUGUAAAUGGAAUCGGUAUGGACUACAGAGGAACAAAGUCCAAAACAAACUCAGGGAAGACUUGCCAGAGAUGGGCAUCAAAAUAUCCACACAAGCCUAACAUGACUCCGUCAACACACCCCAAAAACGACCUGGAGUCCAACUUCUGCAGAAACCCUGAUGGGGACAGCAAAGGUCCCUGGUGCUACACAACAGACCCUGACACCAGAUGGGAGACCUGCAAUGUCCAGAACUGCAGCGAGGAAUGUAUGCACUGCAGUGGUAAGAACUACAGGGGAAAGAUCUCCACCACUGAGAAUGGCUACACCUGCCAGCACUGGAACGCCCAGAAACCUCACAACCAUGGCUACAUUCCCAGCGCUCUUCUUGAGAAGUACCUGGAGGAAAAUUACUGUAGGAACCCAGACGGAGACCCCAGACCCUGGUGUUUCACCACCAGCCCCUCCAAACGCUGGGACUUCUGCUCUAUCCCUCGCUGCACCUCUGAGCCUCCCAGGGUGGUGGAGGAGCUCACCUGUGCCACAGGCGACGGUAGUGCCUACAGGGGAACCAUCGGAGUGACAGCAUCUGGGAAAGCCUGUCAGGUCUGGGCAACUCAGACGCCCCAACAGCACAACAGAACUCCAGACAACUACCCAUGCAAAGGCCUGGAACUGAACUACUGCAGGAACCCAGACCAUGAGAAGAUGCCCUGGUGCUUUACUACAGACCCAGAGACGCGCUGGGAGUACUGCAAGGUGCCUAGCUGUGGAGAUGUUCCUGGACCAGAUUACGCAGCUCCCCCUCCAGCUGAGGAAGACUGCUAUGUGGGCGACGGGACCGACUAUCGUGGUAUGGUGACAGAGACCAUCAGUGGGAAGAGAUGCCAGUACUGGAGCUCGAUGACACCUCACGGUCACAAUAAGACACAGCAGGUCUUCCCUAAAGCCGAUUUGAGAAGAAACCUGUGUAGGAACCCUGAUGGCGAYCGUGCACCAUGGUGCUACACCACUGACCCCUCUGUUCGUUGGGAGUUCUGCAGUGUGCAAAGAUGCCCAACUGCUCCCAAGCCUACUCCUAAACCUGACAAACAUGACCAGGCCAAGCCAAAACCCUCCCCGACAGCAGAGACGACAGCAGACGACAGCAGAGAUUGCAAGGUGGGCAACGGGGGGACAUAUAGGGGUCCUACUUCCAUGACCAUGUUGGGUGUCACCUGUCAGAGUUGGAGCGCCCAGAGCCCCCAUCAGCACGCCAGCUUCACCCCUGAAUCCCACCCUGACAAAGGCAUGGAGUCCAAUAAUUGUAGAAACCCUGACAAUGACGUGAAUGGACCAUGGUGCUACACCACAGACAGAAACCAGAAAUGGGACUACUGCCAAAUCCCAGAUUGCGCUGGCUUGACAUGUGGGCAGCCUGUUACAAAGCCCAGGAGGUGUUUCGGUCGCAUCGUUGGAGGCUGUGUGUCCAAACCCCACUCAUGGCCCUGGCAGAUCAGCCUGAGAACCAACACUGGCAUCCAUUUCUGUGGAGGAACUCUGAUUGCCCCUCAGUGGGUCCUCACUGCUGUACACUGCCUGGAGAGAUCAAAGAGGCCAUCUGCCUACAUGGUGGUAUUGGGAACGCAUACAGAGGGAGCAAAUGAACUGUCCAAGCAGGAGCGUAAACUGGAGAAACUGAUCCUGGGACCUGGCGAAACAGACAUUGCACUACUGAAGCUAGAGAGCCCUGCAAUCAUAAAUGACAAGGUUUUACCAGCAUGCUUACCUGAGAAGGAUUAUGUGGUACCACCUGGAACAGAGUGCUAUGUGACAGGAUGGGGAGAGACACAAGGAACUGGUGGAGAAGGGCUCCUCAAGGAGACGGGCUUCCCUGUUAUAGAAAAUAAAGUGUGUAAUCGUCCAGCCUACCUGAACAACAGAAUCAAGGACCAUGAGAUGUGUGCUGGGAACAUUGAAGGGGGAGCAGACAGUUGCCAGGGUGACAGUGGCGGCCCUUUGGUGUGCCAUGCUCAGAACACCUUUGUUCUCCAGGGAGUGACCUCUUGGGGUCUGGGCUGUGCUAACGCCAUGAAGCCAGGGGUGUACGUCAGAGUAUCGAAGUUUACGGAUUGGAUUAACAGUCAGAUUAAUUCUUAACCCUCUACUAUAUAUCCAUAAUCUCGAGGAAUGGAUCAUUUGAGCCCUGAUUGUAGUUUUAUUAAGACUUGUAAGACUUGAAAGUACAAAUUAAAUACCUGUCGUCAGUGAUUUCUUCCGAAA